AAAAGUUUUUGUUUUUUUAAAUUUAUUUAAUUUAUUGUCAUUUUAGUCUUUUAUCUUUCCUUCUCAGCUCCCACCAUGGAGUAUGGAAAGCCGAAAGUGGAAACUCUCUCUCUCUCUCCAAACAAUAUUCCAGUGAAUGCUCCGUGUUUCUCUUAAGUGUGUCCGUUUAACAGAUCUUCUUUCGUUUAUCCUUGCUUUCCUUUUUUGUGUUUCAGCCGUCUUAAAUAACUCAUGACAGGAGAAACGGUUCUCUUCUGCAUGGCAAUCUCAAAGCUCUGCAGAUUUCAGAGCUUGUUCGUAAGAAACAGACACCUGGGUUUUUCUCUACCGGUUUCUGGGUCUUCAUUUAACUGCCUUCUGGUUACUUUCCUCAUACUAUUUUUGGGCCUUCUCUAAUACUCUAAUCCAACUUAUGUUUUGUUUUUACUUGAAGGCUACCCAUCUGUAAAUUUAUUUUUAUUGUUCUUUUCUUGUUCUAUUUUCCCUAUUUUUUGGAGUUUUUGGGUGGGGAGUUUCGUGAUCGAUCUCCGAUUUUCUCCUCGGGAGGGGACGGGGAUGGCUAUGCAACUGAUGCUGCUGCUGCUGAAAUUCUUCUUCAUUCUUGGCACUUUGAUACUUCAUGGAUCUGCAGGGUACAAUUUAUCACCAGCAACUUUUUCUGCAAUUUCUCCAAGUAAGGAAACAAAAUCUAGUGUUGGCUAUUAUGGGAAGUCUCUGGGAAAUGGAGCUCCAAGUCCAGAACCCCUUCUUAAUGGGUCAAUCAUACAUUUUUCAAAGGAAUUGCCACCCAAUAGUUCUAGACCAGUGCCCCAAGUCAUCCAUGGUUUAGUGCCAUCCAUGCCCCCAGAUCCUGAGAGUCUUCAAAAGUCAGCACCUCUACCCCAAACCAUCAAAGGGUUUACACCAUCCCCACUGCCAAAUGCUCCUCAAAGAAGAACAACAAAUGGACUAGCAGCAUCAACUCCAAGGAAAUCUCCAUUGAAUCCUCCAACCUCAAGUUCACUCAGGCCAAGAUCAACUCCGUUUAUGUCUCCAGAACCUCAUAUGUUUCCAAAAUCAAGUCCUCCCACCCAAAGUAUGAAGGGAUAUGGAAUGCCAGUUGCUACACCUCCAAAGGAAUCUUUCAAUCAUUUAUCUCCCAUGAGCCAUACAAACCAUUCUCCAGCUAAAGGUCCUUUUCCUGUUGUGGCCCCUGCUCCACAGAAAACGUUGAAACCAUCUUAUAAGGCAUAUGCACCAUCAAAGUCAUUUUCCAAGGCUCCAGAGAGAAGACAAGUUCAUGCUCCCACACCUUCACCUUAUAUGCCAUUAUAUAAGCAUAACCAUGCAAAUCAAAGAGCCAGUGGCCUUGCUCCCGCACCAGUUUUAUCUCAUCCUCAUGUUUCCCAUCAUAAAGGACCAGUCAUCACUCCAGCACCUUCAAAUGCUCCAGCUGCAUUGCCGAAGAAAAGUAGACAAAGGCAACAUGGUCUGCCACCCUUGAGACAAGGUCCAUCUAUCUCUCCUAUCCAGGCUCCUUUUUCUCCAACAGUAAAGCAUGGUUCCUCUGCACCUGGGCCAUCUCCUACAGUUCAAUCCAGCCAAAGUUCUUUGCCAAGGAAGCCAAAGAUGCCAUUAUCCCCAUCAGCUCAAGCUUUACCCCCACCACCUCCUAAUGAAGAUUGUACAUCAUUGGCAUGCAUGGAUCCUUAUACAAAUACCCCUCCAGGAUCACCCUGUUAUUGUGUGUUGCCAAUGCAAGUUGGGUUGCGCCUUAGUGUUUCCCUAUACACCUUCUUUCCUCUGGUUUCUGAACUGGCAGCAGAGAUAGCCGCUGGAGUUUUCAUGAAACAAAGUCAAGUUCGCAUCAUGGGAGCAAAUGCAGCAAGCCAAGAACCGGAGAAAACCAUUGUCCUCAUCGAUCUUGUACCACUUGGAGAAAGUUUUGAUAACACUACAGCAUAUCUGACCUAUGCAAAAUUCUGGCAUAAGCAGAUUGCAAUAAAGUAUUCUUUCUUUGGUGACUAUGAAGUUUUAUAUGUUAAAUAUCCAGGUCUUCCUCCCUCCCCACCUUCAGCAACCUCAAGCAUUACCACUGUUGAUGGUGGGCCUUUCUCUGGCCGUGGAAAUGAUGGAAGGACAAUACACCCUCUGGGAGUUGAUGUAAGGAGAAGACAGAAAGGGGGACUUGGUGGCAGCAUGAUUGCUAUCAUAGUUUUAUCUUCUGCUAUAGCCAUUGUGUUAUGUAUAGGAGUUGCUUGGCUGUUGCUGUUGAAAUUUGGAAAGCAUGUUGCUCAACCUGCAUCCACUAUAGAAGCUUUAGUACCUUCCCUUACAAAACCAUCGGGGGCUGCUGGAUCUUUGGUGUUUGGAAGUGGACCUAGUUCUGCAUCACUAUCCUUUGGCUCUAGCAUUGCAACAUAUACAGGAUCUGCAAAAACUUUUAGCGCAGGUGAGAUCGAAAGAGCCACUGAUAACUUUGAUGCUUCAAAAAUACUGGGAGAAGGUGGUUUUGGGCGUGUCUAUAGUGGUACCCUUGACGAUGGGAUGAAGGUCGCUGUAAAGGUUCUUAAGAGAGAUGAUCAGCAGGGUAGCCGAGAAUUCUUGGCAGAAGUAGAGAUGCUUAGCCGUUUGCAUCACCGUAACUUGGUUAAAUUGAUUGGUAUAUGCACAGAGGACAAUACUCGAUGUCUGGUCUAUGAACUCAUUCCAAAUGGCAGUGUGGAGUCCCAUCUACAUGGACCAGACAAGGAAGCCGCUCCACUUGACUGGGGUGCCCGAAUGAAGAUUGCACUUGGUGCAGCUCGUGGUCUGGCCUAUCUACAUGAAGAUUCAAGCCCUCGUGUUAUUCAUCGAGAUUUCAAGUCCAGCAACAUCUUGUUGGAACAUGAUUUUACUCCCAAGGUGUCUGAUUUUGGUUUGGCCCGAGCAGCUUUGGAUGAGGGAAAUAAACACAUUUCAACACGCGUUAUGGGAACAUUUGGUUAUGUAGCUCCGGAGUAUGCAAUGACUGGGCAUCUUCUUGUGAAGAGUGAUGUUUACAGCUAUGGUGUAGUACUUCUUGAGCUCCUAACAGGAAGAAAACCUGUGGACAUGUCACAGCCAGAAGGUCAAGAGAAUUUGGUUGCCUGGGCUCGCCCACUCCUUACAAGUAAGGUGGGUUUAGAAGCGAUUAUUGACCCUGCAUUAGGAUCUAAUCUCCCAUUUGAUAGUGUGGCCAAGGUAGCAGCAAUUGCUUCAAUGUGUGUACAGCCAGAAGUUUCACACCGGCCUUUCAUGGGCGAGGUGGUACAAGCAUUAAAACUCGUAUGCAACGAAUGCGAUGAGACAAAGGGAGUGGGAUCAGAUAGCCGUAGCCAGGACAACUUGUCGAUUGAUUUGGAUAGUAGGAUGAGUACUGCUUCAGGUCAAUUUCCAGAACCUACACAUUCCUACUAUGCUAUGGCCGAUUAUGAUUCCAUUAUUGGAGCUCAUGGGGCAUUAUCAGCUUCGGAUGUAUUCAGUACAUCAGAAAGACUUGGGAGGCAAGUAUCAGGAUCUUUUAGAAGGCAUUCUAGUUCGGGCCCUCUGAGAACAGGGAGGGGCAGGCAGUUUUGGCAGAGAUUAAGAGGCGUGUCUAGAGGUAGUGUAAGUGAACAUGGGGUAGCUUUCAGGCUAUGGCCGGGUUCCAGAUGAAAGCCCCAUCCAGAAGACUGUGGAGACAUUGUGGGUUCUCAUGUCAAGACAACUUGUAAUUUGUGGGACAAGGACAUGAAAUACAGUUUACCUUCAAAGCCAUGAUCUUGUAAGGUUUAUCCCAAGUGGAUCAUGCGGCUCUUCUCAGAAGCAUGAAUGAGGUCCACUCGGAGUAUGAAUCAUGGUCUUGUAAACUUGUGCCUUUAAAAGAGGCAUGAUUCUUAAUGUAUCUCAAUAAACGUUCCCACUGAGGUGAUUUUGAUUUGAACAAGAUUUUCCAUCCUCUUGGUUUAGUUCAGUCCCUUUGUGUUGAGAAUAUUAAAUUAAAAAACAUGAAGGGACCUUUUAUA